UUCACGCGGCGCCUCAAACGUAUCUCCGAGGAUCAAUAACUGCGUCCCCGGUCUGACUCAAAGUAAUAGAGCUUUGGAAUAGUACGUCACUUCCUCGGGAAAAUUCCUUGUUUUCGUUCUCUCAUUCCAUCGCACAGAGAGAGGGGGGCGAUGGAUCCGGAGCAGACGUUCAUACGCGUGCAAGAGCGAUUCUCGCAGAUGCUGAGGCCCAAACUGAGAGCUGCUUUGGAGUACUUUUAUCUUUUUGUCGCCAUCACCUUGUUCUGUAUUCUCGUUGUUAUGCACGCCAAUUACGUUCAACAGCCUGGCUGUUCAAGUGAGCUCUCUGGUGUUGAGACAACAGAAGCCCAGCUUAUUCACAUUAAGAUAACUACUGCAGGGUUGUGGUCACAGAAUGAGACUGAAUCUAAUGUGAUAGAUGUCCCUGAUAUAGAAACUGUGACGGAUAAAUUAGAAGUUGCAAAUGUGGAUGGAGAUGGAUUGACAUUUUUGGCUGCAAAGUUUUGGUUAAAUUGGAUUGGUUCUGGUGCUAGAAGGGGCAAACUAGCAUGGAAACUCUGGAAGACCGACACUGAACUUAUUGAGAACCAAGCAGAACCUUCAAUGAGUAGUCAAAUCUCCAAGCCAACAGUUGAUGAUGCAGUCAAAACUGAUAAAGAGGAGCGACGUAGUAGUUUCCCUUUAUCUGCCAGAGAGACAUUUAGAGCAGCAGUAUUUCACUUUGGCAAAAAGUGGUACAAGCGUUUGCUAUUCAUUUGGAGACACACAAUGCAGGUCAUUAGAAGUUUCUGGAAGUUGUGGAAUCUUGCAGGUAUACAUCUGAAUAUUGAUAUUCCCAAGUGGUUGCAUAUACUUCAUUUGGACAGGCUUAAUUCAUAUGCAGUGCAAUGGCUCGAGAAGAGAAUUAAAGCAUUUGAACCAACUUACAUGUACACCAAGGAAAAGGGAUAUUUCUUGCUUCCUGAAGAAGCUAAGUCUCGCCAUAAGAUUCGUACUGUUAACAUCAGCAUAUCGGCUCGGCAUUCUUGUUUUGGGAAUAGGUGGCAGCAACUGCUCAUAAACAGCAUCGUUGGAUAUGAUACUAUUUUGAUGAAUAGUUUAUUGACUUCUCCUGGUCAAGGUUAUCUCUAUAAUUAUCAGACAAAGGAGUUUUAUAAUCUUAGUUAUCCUCAAGAACCCCCAGAAGGUCCUGCUAGAUUUGGAGACUACCUGGUGACCAAGUGUGGCGUGCUUAUGAUGUCGCUGUUUGUGUUCUUUACGACUACAAUGUCAGUUUCAUUUACAUUAAGAGAGACACAGAGUCGCAUGCUGAAGUUUACAGUGCAGCUUCAACACCAUGCUCGACAUCGGCUUCCAACAUUUCAACUAAUCUUUGUGCAUGUAAUUGAAUCGCUUGUCUUUGUACCGAUUAUGAUAGGUAUCCUAUUUUUUCUGUUCGAGUUUUAUGAUGAUCAGCUGUUGGCUUUCAUGGUCUUGAUUCUUGUCUGGUUGAGUGAACUCUUUACACUAAUCAGUGUCCGGACGCCAAUAUCAAUGAAGUUCUUUCCUCGCUUCUUUUUGCUCUACUUUCUGGUUUUUCACAUUUAUUUCUUUUCCUAUGCUUAUGGUUUUUCAUAUCUUGCUCUCUCUACAGCAGCAGCAUUUAUGCUGCACCUCAUUCUCUACUUCUGGAACCGAUUCGAGGUACCUGCUUUACAAAGGUUUAUGCAAAACCGUCGAUCACAGCUUCAGCAGCAUCCAGACUUCCACAUAACCUCCUCAACCAUCCUUGCAUCUACUUUGCACAUCACAAGAUUGAACACAAGGAAUCCUGGUGCCGUUUCCCCAGACCUGACCUCGGGGACUGGUUUGAGACCUGGAUCUGACCAAGCAAUGCCAGCAAAUGGAGGAGUAGACGUUUCUGGGCUUCAGGAACAGGCAGAAAGUGAAAACAGGGUAGGGAACCCCAUGCAGAUGCCUGGACAACCUAACCUACAGCAAGCAGAUAAUGGUCCCAACCCUGGGAAUAUGAAUUCAUUCAGUUCGCUUCUGUUAUGGAUCUUAGGAGGGGCCUCUUCUGAAGGUUUGAACUCAUUCCUUUCCAUGUUCAGAGAUGUGAGAGAGCAAGGACAAGUUUUUACUGAAUCUCCUGGGCAGGACAAUCCUGCAAAUCAAAAUGUGCGAUAGCGUAAACGGUUUGCGUGGUGCUUUGUUAGUGUUAGAUUGUAAUAGAUAUGCAUGUUGAAUAGCAUAUAUAUAUAUAUAUAUAUAUAUAUAUAUAUAUUGUACAGAAAUGACCAUCGGAAUAUGUCACAGGUCAGACGUAGUUCAUUUAUCCAAGGACUGGGAGGGUAUUUGAUGUGUUGGAUUGGCGAGAUUGUAUUUUAGGAUCUGUCAUCUGUGCCAUUUGAACGGUUAUUUGCUUCGAUUUUGACAUUACCUGAUGGCAAAAUAAGUUGCAGGGUGUGUCCU